AUGCCGGACCCAGUCGAGCUCCAGCUGUUCCCCUCAUGUCUAAACUGCCUGUCAUGGUCGGAAGACGGCGAAUUGGCCGUGGCAGCCGGAGACCAUGUUCAAAUCCUAACCCCCAAAAAAGCCACCGAAGGCGCAGAACCUGCAUCUAGCGCUCGUCAGCCAAGCGCGUGGCAGAUCGCACGAGUUCGUACAAAUGUAUUCACGGACGAAGAAUUGCCGACUAUUCUGGGUCAGCACCGAGACUAUUUUUCCAUCGGACGCGAGCAGUCGCUCAGUAAUGUUGCCGGUCUGGCCUGGUCGCCGCCGGGAGUGGGAAAGUCCCGACGCUGUGUGCUGGCAGUCUUGACGUCGAACAUGGUGCUGUCGCUUUUUGAAACGGUCGGUUCACAGGGAAAGUGGAUUCGUGUGGCUCUUGUUAAUCAGGUGUUGAGCCAGCGGGCUCAAUCGUUGACGCAGAGGGAGGGGGAACGGGUGCGGAAAUCGUCAAUUACUUCGUUUGCGUGGUGUCCCCCGCUCAAGGUGCCUGCUUCUGAGGAUAAGGAAACGAGGGGGGCGGAGAGUAAGUGGGGGAUUCAGUUACUCUCGGUCGUGACGGAUGAGAAUGAGGUCAUCCUGCUGCGUCCGACAAGGACAUCUACUGGAUACUCGAUAGAAGUGCUGUCGAGUGUAUUCAUCGAGGAUUCCCAUCUGGAGUAUCCUCAAGUCCAGCCCGGCUCGGUCUUAUCGACCAUACUUAAGAAGCAAACAAAAUCUUUGUCUCUGGAUUGUGGGCCCUGGUUCUACCGUGUCGGUGGGAAGGGCACGCAAGCCGCCUCGUCUGCAACUGCAAAUGUGGCGGUUCUGUAUGGCACGACUGUCAAACUGUUCACAUUGGAUAUUUCGUUAGCGAGGGAUGAAGAGCAACAGCAGUCUCAACCACGUUACAAGGUCACGGCCAACUGUCAAGAGAAUACCCUUGUUCAGUGGCCAAACAUGAAUUAUUAUCAUUGCACGGGCCCACUUCAAUGGUUAUACAAGGUAGCAACCGUUGUCAAAGCUCAAUUUUAUAACCCUGCUUACCAUCAUCAGGACAAAUCUCCAGAAUUACGACUCGCCGCUGGCACCCUGGGUGGCAUGCUUCAAGUAAUUAUCCCAUCCAGUUCGUACGACGGAACAGGUGCUGCCAGUCAACCGCAAUUACAAGAAUCAAUAUUCGAGACAAACACAGACAGCGCGGGUAGUGAAGAACGGGGACAUUGGGAAGCAAUAGGAGGAAUGGCGGCCAUAUACGACAAACAGACGGACAGUCAAACCCUGCACCUUGGCACCAUCGGAGGAUACACAUUAUCCAUGAUCCCUUCACCAGACCACACGAGCUACCAAUUCUCCGAGCCUCCAUGGAAGCAGCAAUUCGACGGUAUCCGCGAGCAAUUCGAUAUUGAUGGUGACCUGGGCGGACUAGCCAUCGGUCGCAUCUGGGGUCUCGCGAAUUACCGGGGGCUUGUUGCGACGGCAUUUACUUUAAACCCAGGAGACCUGAUCGAAUACCGCACUGCAGCGGAGGAACGAUCGACGAUUAUCUUUUCCCGGGCAUAUGAACCAGCUCGUGAGUCGGACGAUUCCAUCAUCCGUCCUGCUGAACCGGACCGUUCUCCUAGUUUUCUGCGCGCAAUGCGUGAAGAGAUCCUGAGCUACAUCCUCUUCUCGAACAACGGCAAGUUCGACCAGCAACCGUGGGGCCCCAAGUUAAUUUAUGCUGCUGCGUGCUGCACGAUUGUCGAAUCCCAGGAUGCGAAGUUACUGUCGCAAGCCCAAAAGGCACUUCAAUGGUUAGCCAAAACAACGGGAGUUGAUCUAUCCGAGGAAAUGGACAAAAUAAAAGACAGGAUAAACAACCGCUCGGCCCCAGGGACUGCUGUGGGUGCUAAAUCUGCAGAACAGCUCACAGGGCCAGGUGAGCGAGUGUUUGAGAAAUGUGAGGUUUGCGAUGCAGGGAUAGGGUGGCAUUCAGGUCAAGAAGCACAAUGCGCGUCGGGUCAUUUAUUUGUUCGAUGUGGAUUGACAUUACUGUCUAUCCAAGAUCCUGGGAUCUCGAAAUUCUGUUCUUAUUGUGGGACAGAAUUUCUCAACGAGGAACUUACGGCUUCUUCGCAAGAACCUGAACUUCAGAAAGCGAGCACUCUUUUAUCCGAUGUUUUCGACACGUGUAUUUACUGCAAUGGCAAAUUUCGGUAUUAG